AGUGUGAGAAUGCAGAAUCUCUCACUUCUGCUUUCAAUCUGUGUAGCUGGUUCUAUCGCUCUUCCUGUGCACCCAGAGAAAGAAAACGAAGAAGAUCUAAAGCUCCUACAGGACUACUUACAUAAAUUUUAUGAAGUUGAGCCAGAUCCAAAGCAACUUGGAUGGAAGAGAAAUGCUGAAUCGACAGCUGAAAAACUCCGGAAAAUGCAAGACUUUUUUGGUUUGAAAGUGACUGGAAAACCAGACACUGAGACAUUGGAAAUGAUGAAAAAACCCAGGUGCGGAGUUCCUGAUGUGGGUCUCUAUGGUGUUACUUUGCCAGGAUGGAAAAAAAACAAGCUUACAUACAGAAUUGUGAACUACACACCAGAUAUGAGAAAAGAGGAUGUGGAUAAAGCAAUCCAGAAGGCAUUUAAAGUAUGGAGCACUGUCACUCCACUGAUUUUCACUCGCAUUCAUGAGGGGAUAGCAGAUAUAAUGAUUGCUUUUGGCACCAAAGCUCAUGGACAUUGUCCUCGCUAUUUUGAUGGCCCCCUUGGUGUGCUUGCUCAUGCCUUUCCACCUGGCAAUGGUUUUGGUGGUGAUGUGCACUUUGAUGAGGAUGAAGACUGGACAGCAGGCUCAGCUGGAUUCAACUUGUUCCUUGUUGCUGCUCAUGAGGUUGGCCAUGCACUGGGUCUCUCCCAUUCUAAUGACCAGAGGGCCUUGAUGUUCCCCAACUAUGCCUAUGUCAACCCCAGUGAAUUUCCCCUCUCUCCAGAUGACAUAAGUGGCAUUCAGUCCAUUUAUGGAUCUCCACCAAAUGCCCCAGAUAAGAAGCCAGCCACCCCUACAUCACCUAAAACAUGUGGCUCCCAAAUGUCUUUCGAUGCUGUGACUACACUCCGACGAGAAGUCAUGUUUCUGAAAGGCAGACACUUAUGGCGUGUGUAUCCUGAUAACUCAGAAGUUGAACUUGAAUUAAUUUCUGCCUUCUGGCCAUUUCUUCCAUCUGGUAUUCAAGCAGCAUAUGAGAAUACUAAAGAUCAGAUCUUAUUUUUCAAAGGCAAUAAUUUCUGGGUUAUCAGUGGAUAUCAGGUAUUGCCCGGUUACCCAAAGAAUAUCAACACAUUGGGCUUCCCUAAAAGUGUUAAGAAAAUUGACGCAGCUGUUUGUAAUAAAAACACUGGGAAAACAGAUUUUUUCAUAGGUGACAAGUACUGGAGGUAUGAUGAAAACAGCCAAUCCAUAGAGAAGGGUUAUCCUAGACGGACAGUAGAUGACUUUCCAGGAAUUAGCCAGAAGGUCGAUGCUGUUUUCCAACACAAAGGGUUCUUCUACUUCUUCCAUGGAUCAAAGCAGCAGGAGUUUGACCCUAAUGCUAAAAAAGUUAUCCGUGAGAUAAAGAGUAACAGUUGGUUUAAAUGUUAGCAUCAUUAAACUUUCUGCAGCUAAGAAUAAAAAUCACUCUAGAUUUCUCAAAGGUUGUUCAUACAUUUGCUGCUAUA